AUGGGCAACACAAAUGACGCAACGCCAGCUGGUUCGAUGAAAGUACAGAUGUGGCAUCAUGCAACUUCAAACAUUUGCCCUUGCCAAGGCAUAUCAAAAAAUCUAGUUGAGCACGUUCUCAAAGACAACCGCCCAUUCAAGCUCUUCCAGGCUGUCUGCAAAAAAAGAGACGUUGAGGCCAAAGGCUCUUUUGAAUUGUUGCACACUGCUAGCAUAGAGCAUGGACAGCUGCAACCAAGACAGUCAGCAUUUCAUGGCCACGCGAGUUGA